CCUCCGUCACAUGUUCUUCUUCUAACCUUACACGCACUCCACUCUUUGUUUUGUUCUUCUCAAACUCGCUCAACCUACACACGAUCUCGAUUUGAUCUGUCUGUUUGACUUUUUUUUUCUCUUUCAGAUUACGAUCAAUGGGUGUUGAUUACUACAAUGUCCUAAAGGUGAGGCGAGACGCUAACGACGAUGAUCUCAAGAAGUCUUACCGAAGACUCGCCAUGAAGUACCACCCCGACAAGAACCCCACGAGCAAGAAAGAAGCCGAAGCCAAGUUCAAGCAGAUCUCCGAAGCUUACGACGUCCUCAGCGAUCCUCGCAGACGUCAGAUCUACGAUCAGCACGGCGAAGAAGGGCUGAAGUCUUCAGAUUUGCCUUCUGCAGCGGAGACGGCGUCGGCGUCGGCGGCAGCGAAGCAGAGGAGUUACUCGUCGCGUCGUGACGACUCCGAGUUUCGGUAUUAUCCGCGUGACGCGGAAGAUAUAUUCGGGGAGUUCUUCGGAACGUCGCCGGCGAAGACGUCGCCGGCGAACAAGAAGGCGGCGCCGGCGAAUAGGAAGGCGGCGGAUAUAGAGAGCGCAUUGCCUUGCACGUUGGAGGAGCUCUACAAAGGUGGGAAGAAGAAGAUGCGAAUCUCUCGCCUUGUUCCUGAUGAGUUUGGGAAGCCAAAGACAGUGCAAGAGAUCUUGAAGAUAGAUAUAAAACCGGGUUGGAAGAAAGGAACAAAGAUCACAUUCCCUGAGAAAGGCAACCAAGAACCUGGUGUCACUCCAGCUGAUCUCACCUUCGUUGUGGACGAGAAGCCUCAUCCGGUUUACACAAGAGACGGUCACGAUCUGAUUUUUGAGAAGAAAGUCUCUUUGAUAGAUGCUUUAACCGGAGUCACCGUUAGCUUAACGACUCUUGACGGGAGGAAUUUGACUAUACCGGUUUUGGAUAUUGUUAAACCGGGUCAGGAGAUUGUGAUCCCAAACGAAGGGAUGCCUACUAAAGAGCCUUUGAAAAGAGGAGACUUAAGAGUCAGGUUUGAGAUCUUGUUCCCUUCGAGGCUUACUUCGGAGCAGAAGAGUGACCUUAAGAGAGUUCUUGGUGGAAGUUGAUGAACUGAAUGUUUUAGUAAGCUCUUGAUCAUGUUUAACAACGGGUUCAGUGUACAUAUAUUUGAUCAUAUCUUUUUCUUUUUUAACUUUUGUGUUAUGAGAGAAAUUCUGAAUAAAUGAGGUUGUUCCA